GACUUAACACAUUGCCCUGGUGUACGUGAGCCCCACUCUCACGCAGCAUGGACAAGCUUUUUCAGAUAACUCUUCUUUCAUUGUUUAUUCAAGCAAUAUGUCAAGAUCCAAAAAUAGUCUGUCCUGAGUUUGUGAACGAAGGAGACACCCUGUCGUGUUUCUGCAAGCCACCCGAUCUUAAGUCAUUUCCUCAUGAUUUCUCACUGAAAUGGAGUCGAUCGGGAUCAACCACUCUCGAAGUUCCUAAUGUGACACGUGCAAACAAUGGAGAUGUGUUCACCUGCUCGAUGAUGUUAAAUGGACAACAGUCGUCCUUCAGCUACGUGCUAAAAGUUGCAUAUGGACCAGCAAAUGUGACUAUAGAAGGUCCGUCGACUUUUGUAACUGAUGGACUGAAGCCUAUGACUCUGAAGUGUAAUGCGACGGACGUCUACCCGUCGCCUGUUUACACCUGGGACAACAUCUACUGCGACUCCACCAAUAAGAAGGAUGUAUGCACGUUCAGUCCAAAGGGGGAGAGAGAUAACGGGAAGGAAGUUGUGUGCACAGUGACAAACGGAAUAAGUACAACAAAAGCAAGGUACCGCCUUGACCUGCGCUAUCCGCCUUUGAAUGCCCCCGUUCUUACAUCCUCCUCCAGUGAGAAUUCUAUCGAAAAAGGGGACAUUAUCACCUGCUCUGUCUCGGGAGGCCACCCACCUGUAACAUCAGUCACACUGGGGUGUUCAGACCCUCUCCUUGUCUACCGUUUGAACACAACGGAAGGGUCCACACAUAACACUUCCUUGGUCUUCACGACCACUCCCAACACCAAUGAGUCCCUGCUGUGCUACUGUCAUGUUCUUUGGGAACCAGACAAGGGUCUCUAUGAGCGAAAUGUGACCCGUGUCUUCAACAUAAAAGUUUUCAAAGCGCUAACUAUAGCCAGCAAACAUGACAGUUUUCCUGUGGGUCUGGUGGUUGGCUUGGUAAUUGCAGAAAACAUUGUCUUGGCCAUCGUCAUCUCCUGGGUUUGCAUCAGAAGAAAGAAUAAAGCUGUAAAAGAAGCACAAAAUCAAGAGACACCUGAACAUCCCUACAGCAGUGUAAAGGCCAAUAACUUACUCUCAGAUGACAUCACAUCUGGAGCACAACUUGCCUCUUUUUCCUCGCAUGGAAUCAGCCUAUGGUGAUGUCACUAUUCGUAGCCUGGACCUUACAAUGGAUGAUUAAAUUAACAAUGCAAAAGAUUCAUUUAGAAUCCAUCAUUCUGUCAAUUAAUGCUUUGGUAUUUAUUUUAGAUUGAAACUUAAUUAUUGAAAUAAGUAUAGGUAGUUAAAGACCUCAGAGACGUUGUACUGAAAUAUGUUAAAGGGUUCAGAAGGUGAUGAAAGAGAACGGUUAGAGAGAGGUGGAGAAGAACAAACCCAGCCACAUGGACAUAAAGAUAUAUAUAUACAAAAGAAAGGAAUGGUUGGGUAUAAAGGGUGUAUUUACAUAAAAGUUUAAUUUCUCUAUUUGUUCCUUGUAUCUCCCUGUUUUUGUGUGUGUUUGUGUGUACAUGCUGGCUGUGGUAUGUGCUCUGAAGCAUAGCUUAAUAAAUGCACUUUUAACAUCCUUCAGAAACAGGCAUUCAAUACUCAGCUUUGAAGGUCUGAAUUAAUUCAGGAUGCUAGUCUGGAUCACUGAUAUACAAGGAACUGAAAUUAUAAUUAAUUACUGCCACUGACAUUUUACUUGCAUUGUUUUUUGUUUUUUUUUUAUUUAUGCCUGACAGUAACAGUGUGCUUUCAGCAUCUGUUUUUGAUAUUACUCAUAUUCGGUUGAGAUUUUUUAUAACAUAUUUAUUUUAUUGGUCUUGCCUUUUCUUCUUAUUUCAAUAAGUUUUGAUUUCCCUUAAGGGUCAGUUCACUAAGUCAUGUCAACGUGAUUCGUCUCCCAUAUUCUCCACAUGUUAAAGUACAACACUUUCUCUACAAGCUGAUAAUACUGCUGCAUUUACGACCAAGAAUAUAAGUCAAAGUGGCAACAAUCUUUCUUCAAUGCAACUAGUCUUGCCUCCAUUUUGAUUGACUAAAAUAUAAAUACACAGCCAGGCGCAGAGUUAAGUCAUACUUUCCUACAAUAUUAAUGGUAAGUAGAAUGUUAGUGAUAAGAACACAAGAAUGUGAAAAUUGCAAAUAAAAUCGCUGAGGAGUGAAAAAUCUUAAACCGAAGAAUGAGAUUAAUUUGUUGGAUGGUACAGAGUUCUUUUUGCUUUCUUUGAUGAUGCAUUGCUUGUUUUUCAGGAUGAACAAUAAAAUUUUACUUUUAACAGUUCAAAGUAUCCUAAUGUAAGUUUUUGACUGGCAGUCUUUUGCAACAUACAUGAAAACAACACAUCCCUAUUUCCUGUUCUUUUUCACUGUUCUGCCUGUCUUUGCAGUUUAUAAGUUAAUACACUACUUAUAGUUUCAAUAGCUUGAUCUUGGAGAUAUUGUAAGCAAAAUGCAUAAAUGGUUGAAAGAAAAAUCACAAAUCUUAUAACCAAAAUCUGUGCAACCACUGGGUGUUAAUGAAAACAACAUCAAUACGGUAGUCAUUAUUUUAUGUAAUGAUAAAUUAUAUCAUUUCUUCUUAUGUGCUUGAAUUUUACUUACAAGCACGUUUUAAAAUUUUUUUAAACUUUUUUAAUGAAUGUGAUUAACAGAUUCAAUCUACCUUCUUUAAAACAUGCCUACAAGAAAGAUGAUUAAGUGUUUAUGGUUGCUGCUUUUUUCAUUAGGAAUGUAUGUAAUAGUAAGUAUUGCAUAGUCACACACACAAAUCUUUGUUGUAAGUUCUGUUGUCAAUUUUCUAUAUCUGAUCUUUAGUAACCGUAGAUUGUCUUAUAUAUCAGCACAGCCCCCUUACUGUUUUCUUUUUCAAGUAAUAUACAAUUUAGAAUGCGUGUGGUACUAACAAGGAAGUUUUGUUCAGAUGUUUGCUUGAUUAAAAAAAACGUUUUGAAAUUGAUCGUCAGGAUAACAAUCAUCAUCAUCAUUUCAUGCAGGCACAUUUUAUUAGCAGCAUAGUUGACUAAAUAGUACUAAUAUCUAGUGAAAUAAACUCCUGUUAAUAAAAUUACACAUUUGGUUUUACUUGUUUUACAGGUUGUAAAAUGCGGAACUACAUACUCUAAUAAGGACACAUACCAUACAGAUGUCAAUAUAUUUCUACAAAUAUAUAUCAUUACUACUUUAUGCAUUUAUUUCCUAGCAGGAAAUAUUUCGAAACACUAAAACCUCUCCACACAUUAUACAACGUGUACCGUACUAUGUUAUAGUAGAAUAAGAGCUUGCAGGACUGCAUCAUUUUUUAAAGUGCAUGCAUUGAAGCUUCAUCAACGGUAAUGAUUAGUUUGAAAUGGUUUUGCAAAGAUUCCAUGUCAAGUCUUUAAUUCUUUUACAUAUUGUCUAAGUGAUUUCAAUAUAUAGCUUUGGAGCACCAAUUCUUUUUAAUGUUUAGCAGGCGAUGAUACUCGUCUGACGACUGGGUAAAACUCAGUGCAGCAUACUAUUUCUUCAGAUGUUAACUUUCACAUUCUUCCGUUUUUGAGAUAAAUGAGCAUAAAUAUCAUCGUGUUCGCAAAGAAAAAAGUCAACAACACACAUAUAUAUAUAUUGCUCCAUGUCAUACAGUCUCUGGCAGUUGAGAAACCAUGCCCAACAGCAAUUAGCUGUUCCCACGAUUAUAAAUGCUAUCUGGACUAAUAAGAUAUAUAUCAUAAAAAGCUCUGCUAACGUAGAAAACUCCAUGCCCAUAUGUUUCUCAGGAAGGCAAGGAUAAGAAGGGUGUUAAACAAAGUGUUAAUAUAGUUCCUGAAGCCACCAUUGUUCAGUCGUAUCAUGACCCUUGCCUGUCGCGUGUCGUCGAUUGUGUUGUAAUCCUUGUUGCGCUUCCCGUACUGUGCUGGCCUGUCGGUGAGUGUGUGCGCGUGGAUGAUGGUAAAGAGACAGUUCGCGCAGCCCUAGUGUAAUCCUAUCCGUCUCGACAGACCCGCGGCGUUGUCGUCACUUGUCAGUUGCUCGCAGGGCCUUCACAGGUCUCUUCUUUUGGGGACUGCAACCCCCCCCCCUUUGACUUUUCUACCCUAUUGCUAGUCUUCUUUACCUUUGUUCUGUCCGCCAUUGUGUCAACCGUCCACCCUGCACCCUUGUCACCUCGUCGACGUGUGAACACGUGACAUCGCUGAGCGAAUGUGCGGCCAGCUAGGGUUAGGACCGGCGAG